GCGAUGACGGGCCGUACGUUGGUGUUGGUGUUGAUGUUUACAAACCGCUAGCCGUCAAACUGAAGGGAGCGUGGAAGGAGGAAGGCCUGCGCUGUCUUUUGUACGACUUCACCAGCAGCGGCAGGGAGUGGAAUUAAUUUAUGGAGCUGUCCUCACUGAUACGGCACUUACUUUGUGGGAUGUGUUCAGUGUAAAAACGAAGGGUGGAGUGACCACCAACACCAGCCCCGUCGUUGCCCUUGUCGCACUGCCGGAUGUAGCCGAACAUUCUUAACAGAGUUUGAUAAGAAGAAUUAAGGGCCCUCGCUCGUUUUCGUUGUGGCAAUUGCUCGCGAUAGCACGCACGGUCCUCUCCACUGGUUCCCAGUCGUUCCGGAUGCAGUAGACCACCACGAUGGAUGAUAUAGACAAUAUUAUUCUGCACUCGUUGCGUCAAAUCGAUUGCGAUCUUGACGAAGACAUACAGGGUUUGGAGCAGUUUACGCCCGCCGUGCUGGUGCGCACCGUUUCGAAAUGUUUGCUGCUAAUCGAUCCGUCCCUGGACCUGCCGCAAACGCUGCCGCCCGGGAUGGCGCAACGGUUCACCGUUACCGCCCGGCUAGCGGAAGCCUGCACGGCCGUCGGUUACCGGCGCGACAUCGGCUACCAGACGUUCCUGUACUCGAACGUGGCCGAGGUGCGGCGCGUGUUUAUGUUUCUCAUCGAGCAGCUGCCCAAAGACUCGACCGAUGCGGCCGACCCAGAAGCACCGCUCGACCGGGUGACGGAUCUGGAGAAUCGGAUACUGGACAAUAUGCGCCAUCAGCUGCGCGGACGGAAGGAUCCGGCCACGCCGCUCGAUCUUCGGAACGCGACGCUGGGCUGGGCGGGGAACCGCUCCCGUGCCAACAUUCCGUUUGUAACGCAAAGUGACGUCACGGCUGAAAUUAAGCAAUACUGGCUACGCCGGAGCGGGUUUUGGGAGGAGGAAAAGGAUGAAGUGGAUCGGCGGGCACCGGACGUUGCCGCCAGCACGGACGAUUCCAUCCUGAAGCUGCAAGCUUACUACGCGCAAAACAAAGCCCAGUGUCCGCUUGCGGAAGAGCUUGAGGAGGCUGCCGAAACGCCCGAUCGGUUAGGACAGCUGGAUGCGCUCGAGCAAGAAAUUGCCGCCAUUGAAACGGCCAUCGGCGAGUCACGGCGCGAGCAGCGCGAACUUCACGCGAAACGCCGGACAGUGGCGGAAAGCGCAAAAGCGGUGGAAAGUGUGGUCGAAAAGUUAAAGGAGGAGAAAAAGAUCAAGGAACGAACGCACAUCCUGCUGGAAAACCCGGAGGUGAACGUGGCCAAGCUCGAGUCGAUCAUUGCCGCGGCCGGCGAGAAGAUGAAGAAGCUGCAAAGCCAGUGGGAAGCGCAUCGGGCCCCGCUGGUGGCAACGCUGGAGGAACAUCAAGCCAAAAAUUCGGACCAAGUUAGCAAAUCUCAAAAGGUGCUUGAUCAGAUCGAGUCCGCCCGGCACAAAUCGGAGGAGGUGAUCGUCGACCUGCAGACGAAGAGCGCCCUGCACGCCCGGCUGGUGCAGGAGUACGAGCGGAUGGGCCGCACCGUGAGCCGCACGGCGUACACGAGCCGCAUCCUGGAGAUAAUCGGCAACAUCCGCAAGCAGAAGACGGACAUCGACAAGAUCCUGCACGAUACGCGCAGCCUGCAGAAGGAAAUCAACUCCAUCACGGGCCAGCUCGACCGGCAGUUUACCGUGACGGACGAUUUGAUCUUCCGCAAUGCGAAGCGGGACGAGUACUGCAAGCGGGCGUACAUUCUGCUCGUCGCCCUGCACACCGAGUGCAGCGAGCUGACGGCCCUGGUGCAGGAAACGGGCACGGUGAAGCGCGAGGUGCGCGAGCUGGAAGAUCAGAUCGAGAACGAGAAGGAUCGCAACGUGGUGACGAAUUUGGCCCAGAUCGGGCAGGAUUUGGAGGAGAUGCAGCGGGAAAGCCGUCGGCUGGAGGAAGCCAUCCAGCAGCUGGAACUGUCCACCGGGCGGAAUGGGACGAAGUAAAAAGCGGGGGAAAGUAGCUGGACGGAAACAACAAACACAGCUUUUCGAUGGCAUUGCGCGGGCACGGCAACGUAGGGAAAAUAAAAUGUGAUAUAUUCCUCGUGA